AUGUCGCAUCACAAUCAUGAAGGCGAAAAAGCAAAUGUUGAAGACGAACCUUUGCAAAAUGGUAAUCAUCAACAUGAACCUUCAAAUCAAAAAUUUUUAUCGAUUAUGGAUCAUUUAAAAAUGAGAGUGCAACGAAACAAACUAGCAAAAUUAAAUUCACCGGAUUCACCUGACGAUGCAUCAUCGGUGAACAUAAAUGGGUAUACAAGUAGCAAGAGCAAUAAAUCAGAAGGUCAGGAAUCAACUCGAAGUGAACGUAAACAAAUUGGAAAUUCAGUUCGUUUUCAUCGAAGUUCAGCAUCGCUGUCAAUUUUGGAUGAAAUGACAACCAAUAAAGAUUCAAUCGACAAUGAUCAUGAAAAAAAUGACAAGAUUGCGAAGGGCUUGCACAAUUAUAUAUUGGCUAAUGGAAAUAAAAAAAGUUCACCGUCCCGAAAACGGUCUUGA